GACAUCAUGCACUCCCCUUUCCUAAACCCUAGACUCGUUUUGAAAGGUAAUAUACAUUGCGUAGUUUUUUUGGACGACUGGAGUUUGUUUGCCUUGUUAUUAUUUUUUGAAUGAACCAAUGGACAACCAUUCCGAAUAAAGCGAGCUAAUGACCGUCACUGAUGCCCAGCUGUCGACCAUGAGCGAAGCUGGUCCAGGCGACGCUGUGGGCAGGCGAGUGUCCUGCGAUGGAGAACGGGGGACAGUGCGUUAUGUUGGCAAAGUCCCUCCCACUGCUGGUAUCUGGCUGGGUGUGGAAUGGGACAACCCAGAGCGUGGCAAGCACGACGGGACCCACGAAGGAGUUCAGUACUUCAAAUGCAGCCAUCCGACUGGCGGUUCCUUCGUCCGCCCCAGGAAGGCCAGCUUCGGAGUGGACUUCCUGACAGCCCUGAGGCAGCGCUACGACAUGGAGAUGGAGCAGGACAGCGCAGAGGAGCUGAAGAUCGCCAACAAGCCAGUCGAGCUGGUCGGCUUCGAGACCGUCUGCCAGAAACUGAGCCAACUAAACUCGCUCGAAGCUGUUUCACUGCAAGGAAGUGAAGUGGCCGGCGCUGGCCCAGAUAAUGAAAUUCAACAGAACACUCCCAAUAUCCUGUCUUUAGACUUGUCGGAAAGCUUGCUCGCUUCGUGGGACGAUGUGGCCAGCAUUACUCGGCAGCUUAUAAAGCUGAGAGAGCUUCAGCUGAGCUACAACAGACUGCAUAUGCCUGCCAACCCAGCAUGUCUCUCUCACUGUUUUGCCAGCCUGAAGGUUCUAGUUCUUAAUAGCACUGGGAUCACCUGGUCGGAGGUUCUGGUGUGCGCCCCCAUGUGGCCUGUGCUGGAAAAGCUCUGUCUCUCCAGCAAUGCCAUUACUGUACUGCAGAAGCCAGUUGAUGUUUUGCAGUCCCUGUCCUUGUUAGAUCUGUCAAAAAACCCCUUAGCAGGUGGAGAUGAACUCCAAAAUAUUGCACAUCUGCCAAAAUUGGAAAAACUCAUCCUGUCUAACACUGGACUGUCAUCCAUACGGUUCAACGAUGUGGGUCCUGGUUGCAAAACGUCAAUGUUUCCUUCGCUGAAGUGCCUCGUGGUUGAAAACAACAACAUUUCAGAGUGGUCGUUUGUGAACGAGCUGGAGAAGCUGCCGAACCUGCAGCAGCUCUCCUGCUUCAACAACCCCCUGAUGACAGCAGGGAAAAGCCCAGAGACUGUGAGACAGCUCAUCAUCGCGAAGGUCGGCGGGCUGCAGCUGCUCAACAAGUCGAAGAUCCAGCCUGUGGAGCGGAGGGGGGCCGAGCUGGAUUACCGGAAGAUGUUUGGGAGGGUGUGGCUGGAGUGCGGCGGGGACCGCGACCCGGAGCGCGACCGCCCCAGCCAGGCCUUCGCCGCCGAGCACCCGCGCUUCCGGACCCUCAUCCAGAAAUACGGCGCACCAGAAGAGGGUGAACUGAAACAACAGCAACCAUUCGCACUGAAGAAUCAGUUGCUCACUAUAACUUUUGUUUGCCCAGACGUGACGGAAAAGAAACCCAUUGAAAAGAAGCUUCCAGACUCCAUGAACAUCCAGAAGGUGAAGGGGCUGCUGUUCCGGCUGCUCAAGGUGCCCGGUGCUGAACUGAGGCUCUCGUACACCAGCUCAAAGAUGGAGGGCAAAGAAAUUGAAAUCGAUAAUGACCUGAAGCCUCUGCAGUUCUACUCUAUUGAAGAUGGAGACAGAGUACUUGUACGCUGGUCUUGAUGGCAAAUAGUUCAGUGACACGGACACUACAGCCCCCAGAUAGGAAAUCCUGCUUAUGUGGUCUAAGCAAAAUACCUUUAUUGCUGCCAUUGGGUAAGAGGCACUUGUGUAGUAGACUGUCUGCUGUGACUUACCCCUUUCUGCUUUUAAGCGUGGUUUUAUGUUUAGCAAUUAUGACUACCAAUUGCUAUUAAAAAUUGCUCUAUAACUGUCCAGUGUAAAAGGAAGACCUGCUUCUUACAUUGUUCCAUAGAUGUAGCAGCUGUUAAAGCUCAUGAGUGCAUACUGCAAUGAUUUAUUUAAAGACUGUGUACUUGUGCUCACUUCAUGAACCAUGACGAGUAAAUAUCCAAGUCUACUGCAUUGCGCAGUUAAAACCUUGAAUUGCUAAGAAAAGAAAACCAUGCUCAUACAUUUCAAGCAAUUAGUAAAAUUCUGGUCUUCUGAUUAAAA